CUGUUUUCAGAAACACAAGCAGUUUCUUGAAGACAAGAUGACAUUUACUGGCUUGUUUUUCUUCUGUAUGCUGAUGAUCAUGCUAACAGAUGCCCGAUCCAUCCGGGAUGGAGAUGAUCUCUACCAGCAAGACGCAGCCUUGCCGUACUGGCCCUUCUCAUCCAAUGAUUUCUGGUCCUAUGUGGAAUAUUUCCGGACCUUGGGAGCCUUCAGCAGGAUCAAUGACAUGGCCAGAGCCUUCUUUGCCCAGUUCCCUUUUGGGAGCCACCUUGGCUACCAUGUGCGUGACCAUGAGCGCUGAGUGUCUCGCCCAGCUUUGCCAGAGCUGCUGCCCAGGUGUUUGGGUGAGCACCUGUGUGCCAGAGAACACCCCUGGGCUGCCUUCAGCUGCUCUGUCAUACCCACAGUCAUGUGCAGCGUUUUAUGGCUUCAAUGAGUCUCUUUAUUACCAUUUCUUGCACAGGUGUGUCAGGAAAAUUAAUCCACAAACACCAGAGGUUUAUGUCCAAAAAGGAGACAGGGGAGUCCUUUUACUUUAUUCGAAUAAAGGGAAAGGCCAUGGGGGAUUCUCAAAUUUUUGGAGGAUGAAGCCUCCUUUUUAUCCCAAUUUCCCAGCUCUGUGUCCCUCUCUCUUUCCCCAUUGCCUGAGGUACUUGAGAGGUACAGACUUCCCAUAACACCUGAUAUCUAAGAUUCCCCUCUCAUGUACAACCCUCCCUCUUAAUUUUUAAUUCUUAGGAAUUUAUGGUGUUUCCCCAUUAUCUCUUCCAUCUUUCAAUAUCCAAUUUCAUUUAUCAGCAAACCUACAGUUUGUUUGUAAAGGCAAAUAUCUUUUUUUUCCAUUCAUCCAUCAGUGGAAUCUUUCCUAUUGUUGUUUGAGUGAACAAACCUGACUGUCAGCAAACACACCUGCACUGAAGGUGCCACUGCAGCCACAUGCAGCAUUUCAGGCUUCAAACUGAGAGGAAUUACAGGGUUGUCUUUACAAACAACCCGUGGGUCUGCUGGUAAAAUGAAACUAUCACUGAGAGAUAACAGAAACAAUGGGAUGGAUUCCAUUGAUUGAGUGAAAGGGACACUGGGGAAACACCAUAAAAUUCCACAAGAGUUAGGGAUUAAGAGGGAGGGUUAUAGAUUAGAGGGGAAUCGUAGGUAUCAGGUGUUCCAGGAAGUCUGUAUCUUUCACGUACCUCAUGUGAAAAAUAGGGUUCACAUAUUUUUUAUAGAGUGUAAAAGUUUAAAAAAAAGACAAUUAGGAGAUAAAAAAUGAAGUAAAGUGUACAGAUACAGCCAGGUGUCUCUACAUUCAGCCAAGAGAGCACACCUUACUAACAAAGGAUUGUCCCUUAAAAACAGAAUCCUGCUACAUAUCCAUGAAUUCUCAUACAUACUCAGACAUUCUUUUUGGGAUUUUUGGUGUUCUUCUGUUUAGUUUUUCCUUGCCCCCCCUUCCCAAUAAAUCAAUCUUCUUGGCACCAGUAGGUUUUAUGUCCUUUGAUAAUGGGUGCCAUGAUUUUUUCCUUUGGAGGGCUUGGAGGAUUGCUUGUCUUCAUGUGAACAAGAUAAUCUUAGGAUGCAGGGGGGUCUCUAACUAUUUCCUUUUUUAGUCUCUGGAUUAUAUAAACAAAAAAGUAGUUUGUGCUUUAAUAUCAUGUUAUAGCCUAACAUAUAUGUAUGAUACCACUACUUCUAAGUUUCAUCAAUAACAGAAAUAAAGGAAACUAUAUUAAUACAACAAAAUUUUCUGAUCUUAUACAUAAAACAUUCAUUGUAAUAUUUGCAAAAAGCCAAUAAUAUGUUAUGCAUUUAUAACACUCAAUGGGGAGAGAGGGAUGUGAAGCCAGGAAAUUGGGAUAAAAAGGAGCCUGUGCCUUCCAAAAAUUUGAGAGACCCCAGGGGAAUGCCCCAUGGCCUCUCCCUUUAUUCGAAUAAAGUAAAAGGACUCCUCUGUCUCCUUUUUGGACAUAAACCUCUGGUGUUUGCGGAUUAAUUUUCCUGACAAAAUUAAUCCCUUUUUUACAAUUUAUGCUUCUGUGUGACAAAAUAAACUCCUCCAUUCUGCUGCACGGCUUUGGAAGCUUUGUUUUGUUUGUUUGUUUUUACAGGUGAUGCUCUCAGCUUCGUCUCGGGAGCUCUCUGUGUAGAGGCGUGCACAGGAGUUAUUGAACCAGUGCACCCAGUUUGGGGGCGGCAAGGGCCGCCAGUACAAAGCAGCCCCUCUUUGGAAGGGAUAUCCUUUUUAUUUUAGGAUAAAAAGGAGGCUGCGUCCCCCAAAAACCUGAGAGAGCCAGGGGGAUGUCCCCUCAGCGAGGCCUCAGGGUGCUGAGGGUGACAAGAUGGCGGCAGCAGGCCCGCUCGCCAUGGCGCCGGCGCGGGGCGGCUCCGCUCCGGCCCCGCGG